AUGGAAGAAGAAAUUAGUAUUCGUAUGACACGAAGUUCACCUAACAUUCCAUGGGGUGUUGGUUUUCGUCAAAAUGGAUCUGAAGUUAUUGUUGAUUUUCUUGAUAAAGGUUCAAUAGCUGAGAAAGCUGGAUUAAAUAAGACUGAUCGAUUAGUUGAAUUUCAGCAUUCAUCUUUACGUUCACCUGAUGCCCACGCAAUUUCACGUGAUCUUGAAAGAUUACUUGAAGUUAAUAUGAAACUUAAAAGGUUUGUAAGUUUUCCUCAUGGAAUACCAUGGAACUUAGAUGGUAAUAGCAAUGGUAUUCAAUACCAAAGUUUCAAUGAGGGUCAUAAUGCUUUUCAUAGUACUGAUAGAUUCCAAACAUUGGGAAACAAUAACUAUAAUUAUGGUCAAAAUUACAUUAAUUCAAGUAACACUGAUCACCAUAAUUAUAGAAAUUCAAACUAUUCCGAUUCUUCUUACUCUCAUGACAAUUACAAUCGUGAUUCUAAUUCUUAUGGAGGAAGACAUACUAAUACAGAUAUUCGCAGUACAACUUCUUCACCAUAUUCUGGACACCGUGAACCUUAUCAUUACAAUCCACGCAAUUAUAACAACGUAUCACCAGAUGCUAGACUUUCUAAUUUAAAUGGUAAUUACCAUACAUCACAAUCAGAUGACUAUGGACAUAUAAUACAUCAUUCAAUACCACAAUCUGAUUGUUUCAAACGUAUUUCAAAAGCUGUUGGAACACCAUGUUUUUAA